UUGAUGGUGGAGCACAGCACAGGAAAACGCAUCCUGGGAUAAUAAGAUGUUGGGGAGGCGUGAUGGCAACAGCCAUGAGGAAGUCACCAGGUGUGCUUCUGCAUUGCUGGGACGCCCACUGCCUGGGUAUAAAGGCUGCCCUGGGAGGAAGCCUGCAGACAUCACCGCCCUCCUGCAGACACCAGCUCACCCACACACCACCAUGAGCUACACCAGCUGUUCCUCGGGCUGCCAGACUGCCUGCUAUGUGCCCAGCUCCUGCCAGCCAUCCUCCUGCACAUCCAGCUCCUGCCAGGCAUCCUGUGUGCCCGUGAGCUACAGGAAAGUUGUAUGUGUUCCCGUGAGCUGCAGGCCGGCUGUGUGCGUGGCCCCCUCCUGCCAGUCCUCUGGGUGCCUGCCUGUGAGCUGCAAGCCGGUCGUGUGGGUGGCCCCGUCCUGCCAGUCCUCUGGGUUCUGCCAGCCCCUCCGCCCCAGCCUGGUCUGCAGACCCCUCUCCUGUAGCACCCCUUCCUGCUUUUGACCACAAGCCUCCUCCCAGCUGCUCCCAGCACAGGCGGUUUUCACCUGUGCCCCUCCGGGAGCUGGUCCUCCGUGGGCCUCCAGGUUCUGCACGUGGCAAAUGAAAAGCAACAUCAACCAACCCUCUGAACUCGGGUGGAAUGAGACAGGAUGAUCUGGAUCCUUCCCUGAACUGGUUCAUCCCUUCUGGGAAGCCCUGGGUCCCAGGGUCCUUCCUUGUCUCCAGCAGGAAGCCAUACCCCACCUGGGCCAAAUAAAUCAUGUUUCUCCAUGCA